GCCUACAUUUUCAGCUCACUACGAAUAUAAUUCGCAACGUGGAUAGAGCAUCAAAAAAGCUCCUUCUUAAUUUAACAAUCGAAACAGACUCAAAAAUCAUCCAUAUGGUAUAUGAAGAUGAUAGCGACAUAAAGAAAUGUACCCGCCAAGAUCAAGGCAAAACUAUUGAUAAAGAUGACACAGACGGACUUACAGAUGUUCUAGACGAUUUCGAAGAAAUAACUAAAACGUUGAAUGAUGCCGUAGAUCUAGAUUUAAGUGAUGAUGAGUUGGACAUAAAUGAUGGAAGCCCUUUUAUAGACAGAGCUAAAACCUUUAAUGUCGAAGAAUUAUUCAGAGGAAAAAUCAAUAAUGAUUUAAAUGACAUCAGCAGUAAAAAUAUAAAUAAUGAUAUUGGAGAUAUUAUCAGCAAAGCUUUUAAAGGGAAAGAUAAAGUUUGUAUUAAAAAGUCAAAUGAUAAAGUAAAUAAUCUUAUUGCUGUCAAAAAUGAAGACACUAGUAGCACGUUUCGUGAUGCGGAAGAAGUUCUUAAGGCAAAUAUUAAUGAUCUACCAUCAGAUUUAACAUUUAAUGAUAUUUCAAUGAAUGCUAAUGAUUUAAAUGAUAAUGAUUCAAAUCUAGUUGACACUUUCAACAAUUUUAUCCUAGACCAUGACUAUUUUGAUGAGAAAUUUCUACUUGAAACUGGUGAUUCUGAAUUUAUGAAAAAACAUGUCAUUUCUAAAAAAACUGAUGAAGAUUCUUUACUUAGAGAGAUAAUACCUAAUAUGACUAAGAAAGACGAAAUAGUUAUCUUCAAAGAACGAGAAAAAACUAAGAAUAAGAAAACCAUCAAACCCGUUAAAAAUCUUUUGAAACUUAAACUAAUUAAUAAAGGAGCUAAUCUAAACAAUGGCAAAGAUAUUUCAAAAGCAUCUAAUAAUAAAGAUGAUAAAACAUUUAAAAUUGAAGAUGAAUCAACGUCAAACGAAAAAAAGUCUACUUCAGAACCAAUAAUAACCAAACCAGAACUACCCAUCGAUGACAACAUUAAAACAGAAUUGUCUAAAGAAUUUAUAAAAUUUGGAUCUGAUUUUAACUUUAGAAUCUUCGAGCUAAGCAAAGAAGAGCAGUUGGAAGAAAUUCAGAAGAAGAGAGAAGGAGUACUGUAUGUAAGCGCGCCAUACAAAUGUGUUAAUUGUGCGAAAGGGUUCAAGAGUAUGACGACGUACGAGAACCAUUUAAAAGUGCAUGAACCUAGUUACGGUCCAUUCUCGUGUGACAUCUGCCACUCGAGGCACAAGUCCGAGGCCCGUCGACGUCGCCACGCCGAUACGCACCGCUUCAAGUACUGCUGCACGCGCUGCGAGGUGGUUGCUAGAUCCCGGGAGCGGGCGGAGGCGCAUUUUCACUGGCACGCUGGCAAGACAUUCCCAUGCCGAUACUGCGGCGAACAAUUUGGCAAGGCUUCAACCCACCUGUCACACAUACGUCUGCGGCACCCGGCCGCGUGCGUGUGGUGCUCGCAGUGCGGGGAUCCUUUCGUGGGAGCCCUGGGGCUCCGCCAGCACAUGCGCCGCAGGCACCCCACGGUGGCAAAUAUCGAGGACUCUGUGGAGUUGUAUUGCUUCACCUGCCGCAUGCAGUUCCAGAAUUCAGAUGCCUAUCUUAGACACAAGGAGGCGUCAGGGACCAGUUGUCGUUCCGAUCAACGUUUUUGUGCUUCGUGCGGCGACAGUUUCGAGUCGGAGAAGGCGUUGUUGCAUCAUCGUAAACUGCACGCAAACGCCCCCGCGCCUUGCCAUAUGUGUCCCGCCUGGUUCACAUCCUCACACUCUCGUGAGACGCAUUACCUGCGCGCGCACCUCGGCGCGUCCACGCCCCGCGCCGCGCCGCGGCACCCCCGCCCCCGCCGGCCGGCCGUCAAAAAACCCGCCAUGUGCGAGCUUUGCGGGAAGAAAUACCACUCCGCAGCCGCCCUAUCGUAUCACCAGCGCUCACACACGGGCGAGAAACCAUUCGCCUGUACGCGAUGCCCGAAAAGCUUCGCUCUCAACCACUCGCUACAGGCACAUAUCCGCACGCACACGGGGGAGCGCCCGUACCGCUGCUCGCGGUGCCCGCGCGCGUUCCUCAACGCUAACAACCUAGCUCGCCAUAAGAAAACUGUACAUCUGGGCCAGAAGCAGUACUCGCGCUGCGCGGUGUGCCGGCGCUGGCUGUCGUCGCCGAGCGCCGCGCGUCUGCACGCCGCCGCCGUGCACGGCGCGGGCGCGACACACAACGCCAUCGCCAGCUAG